CAGGCUGUUCUGGAAAUUGUCUGCUAUGUAAUUCCUUGAAAUAUCCUUGAAUACCCGAGUAUAAAGUUAAUGCGAAUGCGUACCUCAUACGGUUCGGCUCCUGGGACACAUAACUCAGCUGAAACCUCAAGAAAGUUGAAUCACAAGACUUACCUCUUAUUUUUUUUUGGCCAGCGCUUUUUCACCGCUUCAGGACACCUCAAAACAAGCGCCCUAGCGAACAAAUAGAUUCGUCAGCUCCUCCACGUGCCGUUUCACGGAUUUCUUGUUUUGUCCCACUCGCGCUACUGUAAAUUCGCGCCGAGCCUUUGGCAUACGCCUUGCACGACGAUCCGGCUUGGAUUUAUUGGUAUAAAAGGAGCUCAGCUGUAAACAACCAUGGCUUCAAUCGACGCAAGCAUUCUCUCCGAAAUCACCGGGACGGAUUCUCACAUCGCCCCUCCAACCUCGCCCGUACAAACUACAAUGGUUCAGACUCCAAUCCAGGCAUCUGCCCGACGGGAUUCGGGUUUUCUAGUGCUCGCUCCUGUUCUCUCCACCGACUACCCCAUACCACUGUCAUCAGCGACCGCGCCAUCCACUUCCGCAGUCGAAGUUCCAGCUACGGAGGCCGAGCCAAUGAAGAAGGAGCGUCGCUCCAGCAGCGUCAGCAGCGGCGACGGUCUCUUCAAACGAAAGAUCCUCAGGCUGGGACCAAUUCAUGGUGGAGAUAGGUCGGGUUCAGACUUCGUUGAGCUCGACGAAGAGUGAAGGCACUGCGAACGCAUCACGCGCUGUUGGUUCGCUCAUUGCCAGGCUGCACCAGUUUGUACAGGCCAGAGAUCAAACGGGGCUUUGUUCAUCAUGCAUCUUUUACCAGCCGCCUCGCGUCAUUCAAGUUGCGACGUCUUUCGCCCUUAGCGUGCCAAUCCCAUUUAAGCUAUGCAGCACGUUGAGCAAUCUGUUCAUUUUCGGGGUAUCUCCACAUGUAGCCGAGGGCAGGCGCACGAAGUAUUCGUAUUCAUGAUUGAGCAAAAGGCUAAAAGGCGUCGGUGGGGUUGAGUGCGAAACUCUUACGAAGUGUUACCGAUAGGACAAGUUCAUAUCAUAUGCAAUCAUAAAUUAUUCACAA